CCGCCUCCACCCGCGCGCGGUGGAAAAGCCGCCCUGCGGCGCCGGACCGGGCUCGGUGGUCCGCGCCCUCCAUCCCCUCCCUAGGAGGGGCGCCGCCCUAGCCCCGGGCGAGCCGCACUCAGGGAGACGGGGCAUAGUUGUCUACGGAAGCCAAACGAUGGAGCAUUUGGGAUUACGGUUAGGGAUGUGGUACUGGAGAGAUGAAACCAGGAGUCUUGAAUUCAGAAGUUACAGAAAUGGAGUUUUACAUUAAUGGGACCAUAUUACAUCUGCUGCCACAGACAGUAAUUUUUACAAGUUUUACACCUGCGGUAGAAUUCAAGGAAAGAGGAAAGAGAGGCAAAGCAGUUCACUUUGCUGAAAUUGAUGGUACAGCUUCAGACAGGUUGACAGAUAAAAGGUUCGCUUUAAGAGAGGAUAUGUCAGCCAAAGGCUUAGAGAAACGGAGUCAGCAGGGCAACGUUACACUCCACGAUGCUAAAUUUGUUGCUUUGCUUUUGCUACAAGAUACUGAGAUGCAGCGUAUCUGUUCUUUUUCAACGUUUAUGAGGAAUAAGCAUCUUGACAAUUUCCUCAUGGCGUUAUUAUACUAUUUAUAUUACUACUUGGAAAAAAUCUCGCUGGAAAAGAAACCCAAAAGCUGUAUGGUGGGCCUUGUAGAGAAAAAAGAGAUGAAACUGGUUAUCAGUAAGUUAGAACUAGCGCAGAAAUGCUUGGCGCAGAAGUACUGUGUGCUGGUCCUGGGCUUGGGAAUGCCUGAUAAGCAUCACAUGUGCUGCGGAAAGGAGAAAAUAUCAGAUACACAAAAAGACUGGAAAUUCUUUGAGUCCUUUUAUACUUUCUGUACCUACGUAGCCUGGAUUGUCUUCCGGCGUCAACACUUCACAGAGAUUGAGGAGGAAAUAGGAAGGCUCUUUCGUUCCAACAUGUUUAACAUUCCUCGAAGGAAGCACGAGGAUGAAGAAUCAGGAGGAGAAAAGAAACGCAUGACUUUUGUACAAUUCAGGAGAAUGAUGGCAAAACGCCCAGCGAUUAAAAAAGCCAUUAACAUGCGCUCUCCAGUCAUGUCUACUCUGCUGCCCUCUCUCAAGGAAAAAGUUCAGAAUAUCUCUGAGAAAAAGUACCAUCAAGCGGGCAUCAAACUCCCAGCCCGGAUGCAAGAGCACGGGGACAACCUGGACUCUGUGCACAUGCCAGUAGUUGGCAUCUUGGGGGAGCCUCGAUGUCUGUUCAACCCCCAUACCCUUAUCCCCCUCGAUCCAGAAGAAAACAUGAAGUCGUCGGGGAGACAGUCUUCCCUGAUAGAAAGGAAUAACAUGAGGAUUCAGGAUACACUGGACUUGGUCAUGAGAACACUGUCCUCUCAAACAACAUUCCCUAAAUAAUCUGGUACAUUCCUUUUCUGUAAUUAAGUUCCUGUAUCUGAAGUAAACUACUUUGGCUUAAUCACUUUGCACAAGACUAAUAUUUAUUAUUAAACUUUAAACGUUGUUCAAAUUAUUUGGCUGAAAGUUCAACAAUAGACUAUUAAGAAUCACAGAAAGCUUUUUAAAACCUCAUUUUCCCAUAUUUAAUAGUUUGCUUUGUUAUUUAUUUACUUCCUUGGCUUUUAUGUGACUAUUUCAAGUAAUGCAUUAGGACCUGUAGCCAGUGUGCUAGUGGGCUAGUGAAGAAAAAGUCUGUUUAUUCGUUUCUAAGUUCCUUUUCAUUUUAUGAGAGAGUGUUUUUGGUACAUUUGAAAACAAAAUUCCAUAGCAAGGCAAAUUAAAAUAUUUUAAACAUUAAAUCUCUUUCUAUGGCUGUAUUAUUAUUGGCAUUGGAAUAUAAAGUAUAUCUGAUUCAUUUAAAA